UUCUUCGUGACUUUACAUUUUAAAUUUCCAAAAAUGCCACUUCCAGCGGCUUUGCUCGCAAAACUAAAGAAAAGAGGGAUUGUUACCGAGGAGCAAAGUAAACGUGUUGAGGAAGUAGAGGAGGUUUUUGCCGAGGAUUACGAUGAUCCCAUCAAAGAAAACACAGCUCCCCCGGUCACAGAGCAGGAGAUGGAGACGUCACAUGACCAGACAAAGCCCCUGGUGUACGACGUCUCAGCCUGCCCUAAUAGGUACAAUAAAUAUCACACCUGUGUGGAGUACUGUAAGAAGAGGUGGGGGAUCCAGAAGUUUGAGCCCGCCCCCAGCAUGAUAAAGAAGAGGGAUAGGAUGUUACGACGUUACCCCCUGCCAGGGGGGUGGGAGGAAGUAGCUGACCCUCUUACGAAUUGUUACUAUUAUUGGAACACGAUUACCGACCAGGUGAGCUGGUUGUCACCUGUCCACCCCCGGGCCCACAUCACAAUCUCCGCCCAGAGAAUUCAGGAUCUCCUUGGAGACCAACAUCUGGCAAACAAAGAAGUGGAGGGCAGUGAUGAAGAGAUGGAAACCAAGGGCUCUGAUGAGAGUGAUAUGAGUUCCUCGUCCUCCUCCAGCUCCUCAGACUCGGAGGACGAGUACGAAAAACGCCGCAGAGACCGGGGGCGGCGUCACUCUGACAACAGACGAAGAGGAGGAAAACGACAGAAGGAUGAGUUAGAUCCCAUGGAUCCAGCUUCUUACUCGGAGGUCCCAAGAGGGACAUGGUCAACAGGUCUGGCAUCUCGUGGAGAGGCAAAGACGGGAGCAGAUACCACUGCCUCAGGCCCACUGUUCCAGCAGCGCCCCUACCCCAGUCCUGGGGAAAUCUUACGCAGGAAUCGGGAACAGCCCUAACAAUGCAUUUUCAUCUCUCUCUGUGUCGUCAUCAUUAUCAUCAUUGUGUUUGUAUAACAUUGUCAUCUUAAGACUCACAAGAGACUGCACCAAAAUUAAUUUUGUUUUAUUCAUUAAAUUCUUAUAAGUAUCUGGUGUCAA